AUGCGAAAGAAGAAGGAUGACUUCGGCGCAGGACUCAAGGUGUCCAAACAGAACAUUGCACCGGAGGAUCAUCCUGCGGGCCCUCCCAAGUAUGGCGAGUUGAACCAAGCUGAGCGUGCCUUUACGCUGGCUUCGACAUUCCUCUCGGGCGUACUUGCCAUCAGCGCGUCGCAAGUGCUGGGAGCGCCACUGAAGCUCAUCGACCCCGUCUUUUACGAGGGUUACAUGGCGUACACGAAAGAAUGCUUCGCCAUCCUCAUUACUUGCCUAACGCAGUGGUGGGCACCGACGGUCGUCCGAGUCAGCGGCGAUUCAAGCAUGCUUGGUCAAUUGAUCAAGACCAAAGACGGAAGUCUCAAGUGCAACUUUUCGGAGCGUCUGGUGUUGAUGGCGAAUCACCAGCUCUAUACAGAUUGGCUGUACCUUUGGUGGAUUGCCUACACCAACGGUCUGCAUGGCUUCGUCUACAUCAUCCUAAAGGAGUCGUUGAAGAACAUCCCGAUCAUAGGAUGGUCUGCGCAAAUGUACAACUUCAUCUUCCUUGCGCGAAACUGGGAAGAGGAUCAACGGCGCUUCAAGAAGGCAUUAUCACGACUCAACAACCCUAAAGACCCCAUGUGGCUGAUCAUUUUCCCGGAAGGAACGAAUCUUUCAGCGUCAACACGCGAAAAGAGCAAGAAAUGGGCAGCAAAGAAUGGACUUGAAGACAUGAAGCAUCAACUCCUCCCGCGAAGCACAGGCUUGAAAUUCUGUCUGAACGAGCUCAAAGACACCACCGAAUGGUUGUACGACUGCACGAUUGCAUACGAGGGCGUUCCUCCCGGCCAGUUUGGACAAGACAUCUUCACGCUACGAUCUUCUUUCUUCGAAGGGCGGCCUCCCAAGUCAGUCAACAUGCACUGGCGCCGCUUCCAUAUUUCCACAAUACCGAUCCAAAAUACCAAAGCGUUCGAAGUUUGGCUGCGUAACCGUUGGCGGGAGAAGGAUUACAUGCUAGAGUACUUCAGCCGUCAUACCCGUUUCCCAGCUGAGGAGUUUUGGAAAGAUCAUCUCGAUAUGGGCGAUCGCAGCUCGCAGGGCGAUAACAAGAGCAUCCGCACCAUUCCUCGCCCUGCGGUCCAGAUAGAAACUCAAGUCAAGUCAGCCCAUUGGAACGAUUUCGUCAAAAUCUUUGCGCCCAUUACAGGUGUUAUGACGGCAAUGUCUGUAGCAUAUGGGGCAACACCAGGCGAUCUCAUACCGGGCGGAAACCAGUACUUUGAGCAGAUGAUGAAGGCGAUUCUUAGUGGGGGCGAACUGAAGGGCCUCCCAAGCCCUGACGAGCUGGAGAAAAUGAUAGAAGGAGCUGCGAAGCUGGGUGCGAACCAAGCCGCUGGUCCCGGGAACAAGGGCCGUGUGCAGCAUCUCACCCAGGAAAACCUCGCCAAGCUGGUCAAAGAGACAGCGAUCAAGGAAGGAGUGGUACUGCCGGGUGGGAGAAGGGCCAGCACAGCUUUACCUCAGGCUCCGACAAGGACUUUAGCCACAUCCACAGUGCAAAAAGCGAAGAGUGCAGUGGGACCUAGUGCUGCUCGAAAAUCUGCUGCUGCGACGUCUAGAGGGCCAGCAGCAGCACGACAACCAGCGGUCGCGGCAAAAUCGAAACAGCCCGCGAAGCCACAAGAAAUGCGGGAAGUCACGCUUGCCUCUGGAGUUACGAUCAAGAUUCCCAAGCCCGAAGUAGAGAAGGCUAAAGACACCGGAACUCUCACAACUGCGAAUGGGCUCAAGAUCAAAUUCGGCAAGAAGGAAAUCGAAGCAGCGCAACAAAAGAAGGGCGCCACAUUCAUGACUUCUUCUGGUGUUCCUAUCAAGAUCACGUCAAGUGGUGCUCUUAAUGUAGGACAGAAGCCACAAACGAACAGCGCCACAUCGUCUGGCCCUGCCAAACCAAAGUAUGUGUUCAAACCAAGCACCGAUCAGCCGGCCAAUACACCUAAACCGAAAGCUGGCGGGGCUGCGGCUGCACCCAAGAAGCCUGCAGCCACAAAUGGUGCUGUUAAGAAACCUACUGCUUCCCCAGCAAAGAAGCCAGCAGCUAAGCCAACAACUACGCCGGCGAAACCGAUCAAGAAGACGACUACGUGA